GAGUUCGGUCCCCGUUAAGCUCAUUCGAUACGAUAUGUCACGUCUGGUUUGCUUGGGUCUGAUGCUGGCGGUGUGCUUGGUGGCGGUGUCCGAGUCGAAGCCCCAGGAUGCAAGUAACGAGGAGCAUGUCGCUGAGGCAGCCAACGAAUGCAAGGCAGAGACGGGCGCCACGGAUGAGGAUGUGGAGCUGAUGAUGAAGCACGAGCCGUCGGUGAAUCAGGAGGGAAAGUGCCUGCGCGCCUGCAUGAUGAAGAAGUUUAAGAUCAUAGAGGAGGACGGCAACCCGAGCACCGAGCACACUGUGGAAAUGAUGAAGCUCAUGAGCGAGAACGCUGAGGAAAAAGAGGAUGCCAUUACCGAAAUUGCGGAUACUUGUGCGGCUAUCGAUUUGCCCGAGGAUCACUGCGAUUCCGCCGAUGCCUAUCUGAAGUGCAUCUUUGAGCACAUGGAAAAGCACGGCAUCACCCUGCGGGUGGAGCACUAAAGGUGAGACGACGACCCCCCCGCCCCCUGGCCAAUCAGAAGGACCUGUUAAUGAACCACUAGCGCCCACUCUGGAAUAUAUAAAUGUCUAUCUAGCUAUAUCAAGACAUUUCUUUGUUUUUUUUUUUUUCGCUUACACGCUAUGAAUAGUCCCUAGAUAACUGAUAAAUUGAGCAAAUUAUAAAAGGUAAUUAAAUUGGUUUAUAUGUA